AUGGGAGAUGACCCGUUCUACGUCAACAUGACGCACGCGUCCAACCGGCAGUACAACCGCCAGAACCCCUCCUUCGACUCGAGGCCGCCCGAUUUCGGUCACCUCGCCUCGAACGCGAAGUGGCCCGAGGCGCAGCGAUGGCACAGCGCCGGUCCGUCCAAGCGUCGAUCCAGGGCGGCGCCCGGGGGCGGCAUCGAGAACGUGGACGCGUUCACCGCCCCGUUCGACAUGUCGCUGUCUCCGCACCUGCUCCUCGCCGCGCUCGAGGACGACGCGGCCGUGGUGAAGGAUCUGGUGUCGAGGGGCGCGUGGACCGAGUGCCGCGCGGACUCCGGCGCGACGCCGCUCAUAUGCGCGGCGGCCAAGGGGUCCAUCGCGUCCGUCGAGGCACUUCUCGAGGCGGGAGCCAACGUCGUGGCGACCGACGACGUGGGCGCCAACGCGGUGACGCUCGCCGCCUUCCACGGCCGCGGCGACGUCAUCGACUUCAUCCUCGACUCGACGGAGGUGGCGGAGACGGACGGAGCCGCGCUCGCGCUGCUGACGUGGCCCACGCGCAAGGGCGAGACCCCGUUGAUGGCCGCCGCCCGGGGAGGGCGCGCCGACGUCGUGAGGCUGCUCGCGCGGAGGAUGGCGCCGCACGCACCGCCGGGGGGAUCAGACGGCGACGGCGGCGGGUACUGGGACGGCGGCGGCGACGCGAGGGAGCGCACGGCUGCGGCGCUCGCGGCGCGCGGGGGACAGACGGAGUGCCUCAGGGCGCUGAUCGAGCUCGGGUGCGAUGCGAAUGAGCGAUCGGGGGUGCGGUCCAUGACCCCGCUCAUGCACGCGGCGUGUAAGGGGCGCGUCGCUUGCGUAAACUACCUGCUAGGAAACGAAAACCGCGAACAAGGCGACGAGGGAGCCGCCGCCUCGUCUCCGGACGACGGCGGCGGGGUGAGCGACCUGCUGGUCAAGGUGAGGAUCUCACCCGAGGGCGCCGUGACCAUCAGGCCGAACGAACCGCCCCUUCAACGCGCGGUGUCAUUCGAAGACGGCGUCGGGGGCGCGGCUGGCUCGGAAACUUCAAAACGUCCAAAGCCGACUCUCGCGGACCCGACUCUCGCGGAUGACCAAGGCAUGACCGCGCUCGCGCACGCCGCCGCGAGCGGCCACCUCGCGUGCUACAAGGCGCUCGCCGCGGCUUGGCCGGGCGGCGCUCCGGCCGCGAGGGAGGCGAGGGACGCCAGGGGUAGGACGCCGCUGAUGCUCGCCGCGAGGUUCGGCGGGUCGUCGGUUGUGGAACAUCUUCUAUCCGUCUCCGGCCCUUACGCGCUCAAGGACGUGGACGCGAACCACGAGACGGCGCUGUUCCUGGCGGUCAAGGGCGGGCACGUGGAACCCGGGGGCAUCGCGGAGUCGAUACUCGCCAAGUACAGGUUCCACGAGCACGAGAUGGAGGUGCUCGAGAUUAAAAACACGGAGCAAAUGACGCCGCUGCUGUGGGCGGCGGCGCACGGUCGGACGGAGACGUGCCGGUGGCUCGUGGCAAAGGGCGCGGAUAUACUGGCGACGGAUGGGAAAGGGAGGCUACCGCGGCAGACGGCGGACGCGCACGGGCACGGGGAGACGUCCGAGGUGCUGUCGCGUCUCGCGAGGAGUGCGUUCGACGUCAAGUUCUGA